CCAACAUGCGACAAAGAUCUUUACUCCUAACAUCUUCAAUCGGAUACAAAAGCAGUAUUUGAAAACUGAAUUCUAUCUAAUGGAGAAGCUCUCACAUACUAGGGAGGAUGGCGUGAUUGUCUACAUCACAUAUAUGAUGGAGGAUGAUGAGUGCAGUGAUGAGCGUGUCGUUCUCGUCGAUAUUUCUACGUGGAAAUUGGUAUGCGAAUGCAAAAUGUUCGAAACUUUCGGAGUGUUAUGCCGCCACAUGAUUAAGGUGAUGCGAAUUCUUGGAGAUUUUGGGGACGCAUGUAUGAGAAGCAUUCCAGAUUAUUACAUACUCAAGCGAUGGACGUUGGAGGCGAGAAAGAAAGAGGUUGCUGAUGUCGAUGGUUCUGUUAGUCCUUCAGCUGCCACUGAGAUUGAUACGGAAAAAGGUAUAGCAAUGCAGUACCGAGAAACCAAAACAAUGUUGAAUCAACUAGCUACGAACCUGUCGAUGGCCGGUGAGAAAGACUACAAUAACUGGAUGGGAGCACUCAAGAAACUGUGCAAUGGGGCAAACAAGGCAUUGUCAAAUACUAUAACUAGCAAGUACAGUAAGUGUAUUCACUAAUAUCAUUUGUAUAUUGUUAGAGUUUUAUAUCAUUGCAUUUACUAUAUUCUCUAACAUUGUAGGACGGUCUGUACCGAUAACUGAGCUUACUCUAAAAGAGAAGAGUAAUCCAAGGAGCCACGACAAGGAAUGUUAUCAGUCUACGAAUGAAAAAGAACGCCGUCGAAAGUAGCACCUCUAUAGGAAUAAAAUGAAAUCAGUUGA